GUUUGCUGUGCGCGCCGUCACGUGACGUUCUUCCGACCUGACACGUUCUCUUUACAAAGAUGGCCACACGAGUCACAGCCAGCGUGUUGGUGUUACUUUGUGUGUUAACCGUUGGGUUGUGUGCAGCACCUACCACCGUGCUAACUCUUGAAGAACAGGGUAGAAUUAAAGCGCAGUUGUCUGCGGAUCUUCCUGGAAAAGACUUGGAAACAACCUUCUAUAAUGUAGCCUCUCUCACUCUGCUGAAUUCCAAAGUACCAAAAUCUGAGGAGAUCUGUAAAUUUGUAAACAAGAACAUUGAUCCAAAAGACAUUGCCUUAAUUUUUUUUGGAUCAUCAAUUGGAAAACUUCUUGGAAACUGUCAGGUGAAAGUCGAUGGUGCACAAGCAACAUUAACAGCAGCUUUGAAUGACAAAUCAGACACAGAAUUAAUCCGUUUCGCUGUUGAGUCCCUAGUCAACCUUGGUCUGAAAGUUGAUGAAAAAGCCACAUCAGAUGCUUUGAAAAGCAUUCUAAAAGAAGAAAAAGAAGAAUUUGUCCCAAGUGUUACCAAUACGUUGUUCGCUGCAUCUCAUUUAGCUGGUGAUGUCUCGUUUGCAUUUGAUGCUAUAGAGGAUGCUGUUGCACAGGCUGAUGAAAUUGCAGACACUUUUCUUCAGUUUGAGGGUGGAUUAAUGGUGACUGCAGACUUCAUUACUGGAGUGUACAAAUUAGCAGCACAUGUGAAAAAAGCUCCAACAAUUACUGAAGACCAAGCUCAAAAGUUCACCAACUAUCUGCUCUCAAGAAAAUAUGUCCAAAGUUCUUAUGAAACAUUUUAUCUGCUCAGUUCUCUAAGAACAUACGCUGAUAACCAGUUUCAAAUUCCAGUCAUUGCACGGAUGUAUAGCACUGCAGCUAUUUCAGAUGAAAACAAACUUCUCAAGGUGCGUGUUACAAACACGCUUGACAACCCUUUCACCAAAAUGUCUGUGACUGCAGACAGUAUUCUCGACAAAAAUGAUGAAGAAUUGAUUUCCAAGAAACCUUUCUCAGAACAGAAAGACUAUUACCAAAUUGAUGUAGUGAACUUCAAGCUUCCUGCUGGGUUUUACAAAAUUGUCUUGAGUUUAAAACCAGGCCAACCAGACAAAAGACUUCUUGGACUGACUGAUAUUGAGCUUCCAUUCAAAGUGGUCACAACAGUUGCUGUUGAAGCCAUUUCAAUUUCAAUUCUCGAUAAAGAACAUGCAUCACUAGUCAGCUCUGUAAGUGUGAGUUAUCCACGAGGUCUUGAUAAAACUUUAGAGGCAGAUCAUCACCAAAAGGUUACAAUGACAUUCUCACUUAAAGAUAUUUCUGCACAAAAAGUAAUGACUGCCCACCAGACUUUUGUACGACUCACGAACGCCAAAACUAAUCAGGAAAUCUUCUUUGUUGCUGAGCCAGAGGGAGGCAAAGUUUACAAAUUCGAUUUGGAUGUCAGCGCUGCUUCAAAGGAUUCAUUUGGCUCCCUGUCUGGAGAAUAUCAGAUUGAUCUCAUCAUUGGCGAUGCUGCAAUUGAAAAUUCUCUUCUAUGGACCAUCGGAAAAAUUCAACUAACAUUUGCUAGUAGCCCAGAGACACCACAGCAAAAGGGCAGUCAAUUUAAACCAAAACCGGAAAUUCAGCACUCCUUCCGUCAACCAGAAAAGCGUCCUCCAAAGACGGUCUCAACUGCGUUCACUAUUCUUGUGUUGUUGCCACUCCUUGUCCUUUUUGUUGCCUGGAUGAAACUUGGUGUAAAUUUAUCAAAUUUCCAAUUCUCCAUUCCUGCUAUUGUGUUCCACCUGGGUCUAGGAGCCAUAUUUCUUCUGAUGUACGCUUUCUGGACGUCUUUGAAUAUGUUUAGUACUUUGAAAUUAUUAGCUUUGAUAGGAUCGAUAACUUUCCUUGCUGGAAACUCUCUUUUGGCAAAUCUAGCUGCUCAAAGAACACAAAAGUAGGCAUUUGUACACUUAUUUGGAGAGAAGAAAGACGUCUAAUGAUAUUUGAUGUAAUAGCACAACCCUAAAGCUAAAAUCUGCUGUUUUUAUGAAGAGAUACUCUGCCUUAUGAACAAUAUUAGUAAUUUAAAUUGAAAUAAAACACCUUUGUAGUUCC